GAGGUGUGGUGAACCACGCAGAAGUUUUACAUAGUCUGAGUCUGCUACACAACAACAUUAUCCCUCCAAAAGAUAAAGAGUCACAGGAUUACCCUUUACAGUUCCCGCCUCUCUUGUUUAUCUUGCGUUGUGCGUGAAUGAGUCUACGCUGAAUGCCUGCGCUCUCGGUUUCCCAUCAACGCAGAGCGAGAGCAGAUGGAAGGCUGAGGAGCGGCUGAAAGAAGGAGGGGAUAAUAAGAGACAAAGAGGUGGAGACUUUAGCUGGCUUUUGUGGUCUCUGGUUGGAAAAAGGAGUGUCUGGAAUACCCACUAGACCUACACACUGCUGUGUCACCGAGGGACGCUUACGGUAAAAAUCCCAAGUGUACGAGUUAGGGGUUCUGCUGGAGGUCAAGGGUCAGAGAGGAGGAAUCCAGAGUUUGACGUCGAAAGCGCAGGAAGUAAGAUAGUGGGUGUGAGUUUUCAAUGAGGGGUUAAAGGAGUCUGUGUUUGUUCACAGCCUGAGGGGGAGAUUUUGCUUUAAUUCCUUUCUGUAGUGUGUGCUUAUCUCAAAAGACUGAGAAAGUUUAUGUGUUUGGAUAUUUUGCAUGCUGUUGGACUUUACAACUUUUCUGCACAUCCAAAAUUCAACACAAAGUGUUUUUAUCACUGGAGAAAUGAUGAGCAAUCUGUAAGAAGGAAAUAAAGAAGCCAUGUCCUCCUUUGGCCUAGACUGGACGCGGAGGAAAGAGAAAGAGGUGGAGAGGAAAAUCAGAGCAAACGACAGAGAAUAUAACUCAUCUUUCAAGUAUGCUACGAAUGCCAUCAUGACCUCCAAAUACAACCUCAUCACCUUUCUUCCUCUCAACCUGUUUGAGCAGUUCCAGAGGAUCGCCAACGCUUACUUCCUCUUCCUGCUCAUCCUCCAGGUUAUUCCUGCUAUAUCUUCUCUGUCUUGGUUCACCACUGUUGUACCUCUGGUGUUAGUAUUGUCGAUGACUGCAGCCAAAGAUGCCAUUGAUGAUAUUAAUCGGCACAGAAGUGACAGGCAGGUGAAUAAACGAAAGGUGAACGUGCUCAUCAAUGGAAAGCUGAUAAGCGAGAAAUGGAUGAAUGUGCAAGUGGGCGACAUCAUCAAGUUAGAAAACAACCAGUUUGUCACAGCUGAUCUACUUCUGUUGUCCAGCAGUGAACCUCUCAACUUGGUGUACAUUGAGACUGCAGAGCUGGAUGGUGAAACAAAUCUGAAGGUGAAACAGUCUCUGACUGUGACAGGAGACAUGGGUGACAAUCUGGAGUCUUUGGCUGCAUUCAACGGGGAGGUGUGUUGUGAACCUCCUAACAACCGUCUGGAUCGCUUUACGGGCACACUGACAUGUGGCACACAGAAACACUCUUUAGACAAUGAACGGAUUCUGUUGAGGGGCUGUACCAUCAGAAACACAGACUGGUGCUUUGGUCUGGUGCUGUUUGCAGGUCCAGAGACCAAGCUGAUGCAAAACUGUGGGAAAAGCACCUUUAAAAGAACCAGUAUUGACCGACUCAUGAAUGUGCUGGUUAUCUUUAUUUUUGGGCUUCUGGCUCUGAUGUGCAUCAUUCUGGCUGUGGGUAAUGCCAUCUGGGAAUACAAAGAGGGGUCAAAGUUCACCGUCUUUCUUUCAAGGGAUCAAAACACAACGUUUUCGGCCUUCCUCACAUUCUGGUCUUACAUUAUAAUCCUCAACACUGUGGUGCCCAUCUCACUUUAUGUCAGUAUGGAGGUGAUUCGUUUAGGAAACAGUUACUACAUCAACUGGGACAGAAACAUGUAUCACGCUCGAUCGGACACACCAGCUGAAGCUCGAACCACAACCCUCAACGAAGAGCUCGGUCAGAUCAAAUACAUCUUCUCAGACAAGACCGGCACCCUCACGCAGAACAUAAUGACCUUCAACAAAUGCUCCAUUAAUGGGAAAUGUUACGGAGAUGUGAUCGAUCACUACAGUGGACAGAGGCUGGAGAUCACAGAGGAAAUGACACCGGUGGAUUUCUCCUUCAACCGGCUGGCGGACUCAAAGUUCCUCUUUUAUGAUCACAGUCUGGUGGAGGCAGUGAAGUUGGAGUUUCCAGAGGUUCACGCUUUCUUCAGAUUGCUCGCUCUUUGUCACACUGUCAUGGCUGAGGAGAAAAAGGAGGGUGAUCUGGUGUACCAGGCUCAGUCUCCUGAUGAGGGCGCUCUGGUCACAGCCACACGGAAUUUUGGAUUUGUGUUUCGCUCACGGACCCCUGAGACGGUGACAAUAGAAGAGAUGGGGAUUCAGAGGAGCUAUGAGUUGCUGGCCAUCCUGGACUUCAACAACGUACGCAAGAGGAUGUCUGUGAUAGUUCGUAAUCCCGAGGGCAAGCUAACUCUGUACUGUAAAGGAGCAGACACCAUCAUAUAUGAGAGACUGGAUCCUUCCUGCAGUAAAUUAAUGGAGGCCACCACAGAGCAUCUUAAUGAGUUUGCUGGGGAGGGGUUGAGAACUCUUGUUCUUGCUUAUAAGGAUCUGGAUGAAGAAUAUUUUUCUGAGUGGAAACAGCACCACCAUGAGGCCAGUGUAGCGCUAGAGGACAGGGAAGACAAACUUGACAAACUAUACGAAGAGAUAGAGAAAGACAUGCUGUUAAUAGGAGCCACAGCAGUAGAAGAUAAACUCCAGGAUGGUGUUGCUCAGACUAUUGAGCAGCUGGCCAAAGCAGAAAUCAAGAUCUGGGUGCUUACUGGGGACAAACAAGAGACAGCGGAGAACAUUGGCUAUUCCUGUAAUCUACUACGGGAGGAAAUGAAUGAGGUGUUUAUCAUUGCUGCUAACUCACCAAAGGAUGUCAGACAGGAGCUGAGGGAUGCCCGUCUAAAGAUGUGCCCCACUACAGAACAAGACAAAUUCCUCAUUCCCGAAACUAUACUGGGUAACACGCCUAAAGUGGUGGAGGAUGAACAUGCGAAUGGAGAAUAUGGAUUGGUGAUAAAUGGACACAGCCUGGCAUUUGCUCUGGAGAGCAGCAUGGAGCUGGAGUUUUUGCGGACGGCGAGCAUGUGUAAGAGUGUUAUAUGCUGUCGGGUGACUCCUCUGCAGAAAGCUCAGGUGGUGGAGCUGGUUAAGGAAUAUAAGAAAGCGGUCACUCUAGCUAUAGGAGAUGGAGCCAAUGAUGUUAGCAUGAUUAAAGCGGCUCACAUCGGUGUGGGCAUCAGCGGUCAGGAGGGGAUGCAGGCCGUUCUGUCCAGUGAUUUCUCCUUCGCUCAGUUUCGUUUCCUGCAGCGCCUCCUGCUGGUUCAUGGCCGCUGGUCGUACCUGCGCAUGUGCAAGUUUUUGCGCUACUUCUUCUAUAAAAACUUCACCUUUACGUUUGUGCACUUCUGGUACGCAUUUUUUUGCGGCUUCUCUGCCCAGACAGUAUAUGAUGAAGGCUUCAUCACUCUAUAUAAUUUGGUUUACACCGCCCUGCCUGUUCUGGGAUUGAGUCUGUUUGACCAGGACGUGAAUGCGGGCUGGAGUCUUGAGUUUCCUCAGCUUUAUGUACCGGGACAGUUGAGUAUGUACUUCAGUAAGCGUGCUUUCAUGAUGUGUGCACUUCACAGCUGUUACAGCUCUGUGGUGCUGUUCUUCGUGCCUUACGCCGCCAUGUAUGACACGGCGAGAAGUGACGGAAGAGAUGGUGCAGAUUACCAGUCAUUCGCACUGAUAACUCAGACCUGCCUCACCGUCACUGUCUGUGUGCAGCUGAGCUUGGACCUUUCAUACUGGACUGUUGUGAAUCAUCUUUUUGUGUGGGGUAGUUUGGGAAUGUUCUUCAUUUUGACCUUCACUAUGUAUACAGACGGCCUUUUCCGGUUACAUCCGCCGUCUUUUGCGUUCAUAGGAACUGCCCGCAAUUGUCUGAACCAGUCCAGUGUGUGGCUGACUGUUGCAUUGACGGCAGUACUUUGUGUUCUGCCUGUGCUUGCGUACCGCUAUCUUUGCUGUCAGAUCUCUCCAACCAUCAAUGACAAGGUGAGGUAUAAAGUCCAUCAAACGAAGGAACCUGCUCCCCGUCCGCGCCGCACUAAGCUCGUCCGCAGGAGCACGCGUCGGUCUGGUUAUGCCUUCUCUCAUGCUCAAGGUUACGGUGACCUCGUGACCUCUCGCAGGUUUCUGCGCCGGCCCCCACCUGCACGUUCCACAGGAUUCACUCCCACAGGACGAUCUCCCGGGUUCAAGCCCACAGGUCGGUCUGCAGGGUACAGUCCAGCUGGGCGAGAACAGAACCCAAAACAAAAAGUAGAACCCACAUCACUGCAGAUGUUCCGUGCGGUUAAAGACUCUUCUUUUUGAUGCUGGAAUGCAGGGUGCUUUUGAACCAAAGUUAAGACCACCACCUUAAACGUUGUUUACAUGGUUUGAACCCUGGGGACAAUUUCACAGCUGCUGUGUCAUGUUGUUAUGUAUAUAGAAGUAUACGAACACACUAAGAACAAUGGAUUUCAUUUGCAAAUGUAGGAAAAGUUAUUGGGGACUCACACAGCCACUUCUGUCUGUUGGUCCUUAUUAGAAAUUGAAGUGCUGUUAUCAUUGACCGUGAGAAUUGAAUUGAAUCUCUGCUGUUAUCAUGACCGUGAGAGCGGCAAACACACUGGACUGGACGAGAAAAACAAAAAGAAGAGCACAAUGAUGUCAUAGAGGGGAAGGUAAAACAGCUAAAGGUGUUAUAUCGAUUGUUCGGUUCAAAAACAUUUUCCAGGUACUAUUUUCAUUAACUCUAACAAAAGUCACACCUAUUUUGGUCAUUUUACAAUUUCAAGGGUUUUUAUCAUUUUUUUAAGUGUUCUUGCACCAUUCUUUAGUUUUCCAUGACCUUUGCCCACCCUCUCUCUGACCAUUAAAAUUUAACAGACGUUUAUACAAAAGCCCUUAAUUCAUCACUUACAAGUUACUUGCUGUAUUCAGCCUUCAGAAAAUGACCAUUGCAGCGUUGAGUAAAUGGUUGUUUUUUUACUGGAAAAUAUUUUUCGAAGUUUAAACAGUAUGUUUACGUAGUAGAUCCACCCCCUUUAUUAAAAAAAAGGAAAUCAGAAAAAUAUUUUUAUGACAUAACCUUAUGACCAUCACCGGGACAUACUGUAAUGAUCGACUUAAGUAUAGAAUAUUAAAUACCUAUAAGUGCCUUGAACAUGGCUGAGAAAUAAAUGUUAUUAUUAAGCAGUGUACUUACGUUACAGUUUUAUAUGGUUUGGGGAUAAUUAUUGUAAUUAUUUGUUAUGCGAGCAUGUUUUCAAUGCAAUACAAAUCCUUUUUGAAGACUUUUCUCAUUAUAAUCAUAUUUGAUUAUUGCCUAUAUGCUACAAUUUUGCAAACCAAAGACCAUUUUGUACAAAUAAAAUACUUUUUUA